GCAAAUGCCAUUAGUUCUGUAUAGACAUUUGAUCCUCAGGAAAAUCAAGAUCGAUUGACAUUAUUUACAAAAAAACUUCCAAGUAGCCAAUUCUGACAUUUACCACACCAUUUCCUCAUGCCAUUUUUACUGAUUUUUCCCUUCCAGGCUCCCACAGUAAACAGAUCGUGCUAUUUACACAAAGAAGAAUAACGUUUGAAAUAAUAAGUUCGUGAAUUUAUUAAGACCCAUUUAAGACCCCAUAAAAGUAUGGAGAUAAGUGUUUACAAUAUCCACCAUGUCGUCGCGAAGUUUUUGAACCUUCGAGAGCAUGUAUACGUUGCCUCUGAUUGGCUGGUGUUCUUUUGUAGCUUCUUAUGUUGUCAAUGUGCUGAAUAUAUGGCUGAAGGUAUGCCCACUGAUGGGUUAAGCGAGGCGUCAAGCAUCGCGUACAAGAUAACUCCACGAAAAUUGGAAGUAGAUACUGCACGGUCGUGUGAAGAAUUGUUCCAGACUGCAUCCUUGAAGAUAAACUUUGACCAGCCUGUAGAACCAUGCAACACGGGUGAUGAUAGAUCAUGCUCUAAACAACGUACUGUCGAAGAACGAGGGGAACUGGACGGGAAAAUGCCUCCGGACAACAGCGGUGAAUCAGUACUCACAAAGUUAACCAAUAGUCCUAACAUGGAUAAAAACAUUACUCCGAUAGCCAGCAGUAGAAAUGACGACUAUCCAAUAGUACAUAGCCAUAGAAGAGUAUCAGACCAACAUAAAAUGGUCGCAGAAUUUACCGAAUAAAGACAAAAUAAUAUGUGCUUAAGGUAUCCUUUAUUGUUAGAACAAAAUAAGACUAUAUUUUAAUGUUUCUAUUUAACUUGGGCUCGAUAAAAAUACGUAAACUUAA